AUGGCGGCCGCCUAUAUUUUGGCCCAAAACAGAAGGAACUUAAGAAGACAACGAAUAUUUAGAGAUAGGAAUAACCCAUUGGACUAUAUGCCUGAUGCUGAUAUUAUUGAUAGGUUCCGCCUUCCACGCCAUUUAAUUUUGAGAUUAUGUGCAGAGCUUAAUGCUAAUCUAGCGCAUGCUACUAGCAGGUCUCAUGCUCUUCCUACAUCACUGCAAAUCAUGGUGGCGCUCAGGUUUUAUGCCAGUGGGAACUUUCAAACUGUCACUGGGGAUCUCCAUGGUAUUAGCAAAGCCAGUGUUUCAAGAUCCCGCAUUACAAAUUUCCCUAAUGUCAUUGGAGCAAUAGAUGGAACUCAUGUACCAAUUAAAGCCCCGAAAAAUGACGAGCAUCUGUUUGUGAACAGGAAAAAUUUUCAUUCUAUUAAUGUUAUGGCAGUCUGUGAUUCUAGUACAAAAUUUACUAACAUAGUUGUCAGAUGGCCUGGGUCAUCACACGAUGCUUUUGUGUGGACAAAUUCAUCACUAAGUGAUCUUUUUGAAAAUGGGGGUAUCAGAAGAGGUUGGUUGCUUGGGGACAGUGCAUAUCCUCUGAAAAAGUAUCUGAUGACUCCAGUGCUCAACCCAAGCAAUCCCCGUGAAUUAGCCUACAACGAUGCGCAUGCUAAGACGAGAAACCCUAUUGAAAGAAGCUUCGGUGUGCUUAAAAUGCGCUUUCGGUGCAUUGAUCAUUCUGGUGGAACGCUACUUUUUCAUCCAGCAAGAGCAUGUAAAAUUGUAACUGCUUGUGUUGUUCUGCACAACUUGUGCACUGAUCACAAUGUUCCGGUACCACAAGCACAAAACCCUGGAGCAUAUCUUAAUCCACCAGACAACUACGUCUACCAAGGACCCAACAAUGACGGGGCCGAGAUCCGCCAACGAUUGAUUCUUUCUAGAUUUUAA